UCUCUGUCAUUUUUGUUCCGGAAUUGAAAGAGGUAAGACGUGAAAAAUCGUGUUCAGGUGAAAAUUAGUGAAAAAAAAGUGGUGAAAAAUGAGUUUUGGACGCGGAAGGCAAAUGGAAUUGAUUGCUGCGAUGGCCAGGAGUGCCAGGGAGCAGCCCACGUCAAUCACAGACAGUGGAAGUGCUGAAAGUGGGAUUCAGACGACGGACAAGUCACAUGGAACGUCCGAGGAGAAAAAGCCGUCUGAGAAGACGAAGCUCACUCAGGAUUCCGGGGAGGAUUCAAUGGGAACUUCCUCCCUGGGCCGUGGGCGAAUGAUGAGACUGGCCACGGAGAGACUGAGGGAGCAGCAGAAGUCUUCGGAGGAAGAGGAUUGCAGCACUUCCCGGGGAUCCGGGAGCAGGGAAGCGAUGAAGAGGGCCAUGGAGACACUCAGGCAGUACCAUGGCUCUCCGGAGAAGACCAGGAGCCAGAUGUCUGCCUUGUCCCUCGAAGAACAAUCCCCUGAGUCUCCCAAAGACAUCGUGAGCUAUCGAGGCUCCAAAGGAUCCACCGUCAAGGUCAUGACAAACUAUUUGCCCCUGAAAUGGCGAGGCAAUCAAAGGAUCUACGAAUAUGUCGUCCAAUUUGAGCCCCCAAUCGAUAGCAUUCACCUCAGGAUGAAGAUAAUCCAGCAACUUCAGCCCCAAAUUGGCAUCUUCGUCUCCACGGGCUACAAUAUCUUCCUGACCAGGAAGCUCGAACCAAUCUCCACCUAUAAAACCACUCUGGCAGCUACCCAGGAUACCAUCAAAGUCACCAUAAAAUUGGUGAAACAGAAGCCCGAGGAGGAACUCUCCCCAUUCCUCAACAAUCUCUUCAACAAAGUCAUGAGGGCACUCAAGUUUGUCCGCCACAAAAGGAAGCAAUUUGAUCCCACGAAGGCCAAACUCGUGCCCCAGCACAAGCUGGAGAUCUGGCCAGGUUAUGUUACAGCUGUUGAUACGUUCGAGGGUGGCCUUAUGCUGUCCUUGGACGUGUCCCAUCGUCGUCUGUCGACGAUGACCGUACUUGAACUCAUGCGAGACAUCCAUCAAGCCCAUCCCCAGAAUUUCCACAAAAAAGUCAAAGAGACUCUCGUGGGGAAGGUUGUUCUGACGCGCUACAACAAUCAGACCUACUGCAUCCACGAUGUAGACUUCAAUCUCUCGCCAAAGCACACUUUCAAUCGAAACGGGGAAGAGAUUGAUUUUGUUGAGUACUACAGGAGGAAUUACAAUAUAACGAUUAGGGAUGAGAAUCAGCCGUUGCUGAUGAAUUUCAAGGAAGUCCUCGUGGCAGGGCAGACGAAGAAGCAAGAAAGGACUUCGAGUCUAAUUCCGGAACUGUGCUAUUUGACGGGUCUGACUGAUGAGCAGAUGAAUAAUCAGAAUUUGAAGAGGGAUUUGAUAACGUACGUUCAAGUGUCACCGCAGCAUCGUGUUGAGGGACUGAGGAAGUUCCUGGCAAAUGUGCAGGAAUGCGAAGCUGCCAGGAAGGUGCUGGAGGAAUGGGGUUUGGAGUUGGCACCGGAUGUUCUGGCACUGGAAGCCAGGGAAUUGGGCUUGGAGACGGUGAAUUUCGAUGGGUAUCAGGGAUCAGCAGGGGUUUCGGCGGAUUUUUCCAGGGAUGCCACAAAUAAGAGAGUCCUAACGGCUGUGCCACUGACAGAUUGGGCUAUCUUCUAUGUGCAGAGGAAUCGGGAGGAAGCAAGAACUUUCCUGGAUAAUAUGCAGAGGAAUGCUCCAAAUUUGGGCAUGAAUAUUCUUCAGCCGCAGCAUGUUGUCCUGCAGCAAGAUGCAACAAUUGAAUUUCAGCGUCGUAUCACCGAAACCCUUACGCAGAAUCCCAAUUUUUCCCUCAUCGUUGUCAUUUCUCCGUCCCAGAGGGCGGAUUUGUAUGCCUGCGUGAAGAAGAUCUGUUGCUUUCAGAUUCCCAUUCCGUCCCAGGUCGUUAUGGCCAGGACACUGAAUCAGAGGAAUGAGUCCAAGGUGAGGUCGAUUGUUAUGAAGAUUCUGCUGCAGAUGAACUGCAAAGUGGGAGGGACACUAUGGAGUGUCAAUAUCCCAAUGGCUGGAACGAUGAUUUGUGGUAUAGAUGCUUACCAUGAUCCAGCGCAGAAGGCUUCUUCAGUCACGGGAUUUGUGGCAUCAACCAAUAAAUACUUCACAACAUGGUUCAGUACGGUCAUCAUCCAGAAUAUCCGGGAGGAAGUGAGCAGGAGCCUUGGGAAUGCCGUAAAGGACGCCCUGAUGGCCUAUAGGAAGGCCAAUGGAACUCUUCCCGAGAGGAUUGUCAUCUUCCGUGACGGAGUAGGCGAUGGUCAACUUCCGUUGUGCGAACAAUUUGAGGUACCGCAGCUUAUUGAAGCUGCCAAGGUGAUCUAUCCCAAUCAGGAACCACCGAAAUUGACAUACGUUGUGACCCAGAAGCGUAUCAAUACGCGCUUCUUCCGUGCAAGGUCACAAAUUGACAAUCCAGCACCGGGAACUGUUGUCGAUCACUCAGUUACUCGGCGCUACUUCAAGGACUUCUUCCUGAUCUCCCAGAAUGUUCGUCAGGGAACGGUGACACCGUCGCACUACAUCGUUGUUUGGGAUUCUGCCAAUUUGUCAGCAGACGUCGUCCAGAAACUGGCCUACAAGUUGACAUUUAUGUAUUACAACUGGCCAGGAACAAUUCGAGUGCCUGCUUGCUGCCAGUACGCUCACAAACUGGCUUACCUGAUUGGGGAGCAUGUGAAGAGGGAGCCUUCGAACAAACUUCAGGAUAAGUUGUUCUAUCUGUAGAACGCAGAAAGGAGUACAAAAAUCUUUCAAAAGGUAAGAUUGUCAUCUGAAGUGUUUCUUUUUCUCGUAUUAUGCUUGAACUCUAAAUGAAGUUCCAACGGAGAGUUCUUAAAUUUCAUUCCAUUUUUUUUUCAUUUUUAAUUUCUGAAGAUAAGGAGUUUUUCAUUAUUUUUUGAAUUAAGUUUUUUUUAUUACCAUGACGAACAGAUGAAUUACAAUGAGCCAAAUAAUGAACCAAUGUUUUGACAAAAUGUGAUAGAAUUUUGCAUUUGUAUUACUUUUGCAUUAACAAAAAGGAAGAGUGAUCUCUGAGAUGUGCCUUGAAAUAGGUGAGGUCCUUAACAAUCUCACUUGAUAUUUUUUUUCUACUUUUGAUACUAAAGAUCUGAAUUAGUAAUAAAAAUGAAGUUAAACAAAAAAA